UAUUAUCUUGACGGCUGACAUUUACAAUAUUUAAUAUUUAUAGCAUCGUUCAUAGUCAGCUCUAAUUAUUAUAAUGCAGUUCUUGAAAAAAAUUAUUUGUUGGCAUGAUUUCUGGGCGAAAAUAUUUAAUUCAACGAUCUCAGGGAACUUAAUCCUCCAACGAAUUUUAGUUUCUAAACGAAUGUUAGUUGAUCACUUAGAAGUUCUGGAACAAUGCCAAGCAAUAAUUCCUGAAGUAAUAGAAUCUUCUGCAAUCAGGAGACGACAUAUUUUUCUCGGAGGACUCUUUAUGACCUCAAUAAUAACUGUUACUUUAAGAAAAAAUGCCAUCAGUUUUAAUUAUUUAUUUUCUACAACAGCCCCAACAUUUUUAUGUUGUUUUAUUAUGGAGAUAUUAUGUUUUAUAAAAAACAAGAACGCGCAGCAUCAUUUGAAUGAAACAAUAAUGAUGCUUAAUCAAGCAGAUACAGCCAUUCGUAAAAAUAUAUCUCUUUUUCAUGAAUCAAAAUUGUUGAGUUCCAGUAGUGAGAGUCACUAUAAAAAAGGCCAGAUUUGUUUGAACACAAUCAUAGAUUUAUUACAUAUCUUAUAUGCCGAAGUUAAAAUGUUAGAAUCAAUACAAUUGCCUGACUACACCGAAAUGUUAUAUGAUCCACUUGAGGAACUCUCGGAUUGUAUUUAUUUCCAAAAUAGUGAGUUGUUUUCAUCGGAUCAUUUAAAAGCACUCUACAAUAUUUUUUUGUUUUUUCAAUCACAAUAUCUAUUAAGAUUUUAUUUAACAAUUCGUUCAAACCGAAAAGAAGGUUUGAAAUAUUUGAAUAGUGACAAUGUUCGCUUGCGUAAUUGUGUAAAAAUGUAUAUUGAAAAAUUGAGCUCUAUGUUUAAUGCAAGUUUUCAACAAAUAUUUCAACAAAAAAACUUGAGAGGGAUGAAACCAAAAAGCAGCAUGAGAAAUUCUGAUUUAUCAAAAAUAAAAAGGUCUUCCAUGGACAUUUUAUGUCGUUUGAUUAAUAUCACCAACGAAUUCCAUACAAUUGAUAAUUGGGUUCAAUUUGAGUUGGAGGAUGACAGUGGGAUAGAAGUUAAUAGAGAAUGGAUAAAUAUUUCAAAAAGAAUGGAACAAUCAAAGGCAUCAUUAGAUAUUUGUAAAAGUGAUUUCGAAACAUUCAUUUUGAUAAACAGCAAAUUUUUCCGACAAAAUGUGCAAUCACCGAUCGAAGAUGACGACCAAAGUCGUUCAGAACACUUUACAAAUACUUCGAUGGAAAUUGAAGAUAAUGAAAAUCUGGUAAUCGAAGAAAGAAAUGACGAAUAUUUUGGCAUUUAUGACACAAUUAGUUGCAAAGAUAACGAUGGCCUAAAUGAAAUUAUCAGAAGAAAAAAUAUUCCUCCUUCAGAACAGGAUGAAUGUAGCUGUAUUGAUAUGGAGAUAACACGAUCAUCAUUUGCACCAGUCCUGAAACAAUUAAAAAUGAAAAUUCUUCCCAUUCAAACCAAAAUGAAGGAAAGAGAAUUGAAAUUUUUGCUAUCAAAGGGAAUGGAUCGUGAAAAAAUCCUUAAUUUUGAUAAGAAAGAAGACAUACUGUUGUGUGAAACAUCCACAACUUCUACCGACAAUUUUAAAUCAAAACUAAAACCAUCCCAUGACCGUUUUGAAGAGAUGCGAUCAUUUUUACAGCAAAAACCUUCGGUUAUUAGUAUCCCACCAAAUAACUUACCACUCAAUAAUUAUGAAGAUAUUAUAGAAUAGUUUAACUGCUUUUAUUCAUUUUUUUUUUAAUAUGUACAUUUUAAAUCAAAUUUAACCCAUGCAUAAAUUUUUUUCGGCAAGAGAACUAUUUUUAAUGAUUAUUUUGGUUAAAAAUUCCUUUAAAAAUAAUCGAAAUUCAAAAAAUUGCAUAGUUUACUCAAAAAAAGCUAUUGACAAAAUUGGAGAACAAUCGAAACCAUUGUUUAAACUGCUAUAAAACUGCCAUAAACGAAGAGGAAGAUAAUUGUUUUGUCAAAUUUCUGUUUUUGCGUACAUCUGUGUUUAAAGGCAGGGUUAUGCACUAGAGGAUUAACUUAUUUUUUCUUUUACUUAUAUAAUUUUUUUUAUAUUUUCUUUCUUUGAACGCAAACAUUUAUUAACUCCAAAGAAUUUUUGUAAAGAUGAAUAAACACAAAUAUUAGGUGAUUCAUAUUAAUAAUAAUAGCUGCACCGGACAACGUU